CCCAACCCCAAUCUGUCUCUCUCUCCUUCCAUCUCGGUCGUCUUCACUGAUCAGCUUCUGCAUUUUGCUUCACCAGUUCUUGGUUCUCACUGCUACUUACUUUCUUCUCAGCUCUCCAGAAGCCAUGAGUCUAGGCAAUAAGAUCAAGUUCGGAGUCGAAGGAUAUGCAAGGUUCAGUCGUUCCGUCUCAAGAGUCGCUCGUCCAAAAGACGAAGUUAAGACCCUUCCAGCACUACCCUACUAUCUUGCAAAGCAUGACCAGGAAACAGUGGGAUCUACUGGCAUAAACUCUUUAAGAAUGCUUGCACUCCUUGGGGCUGGUAUUACAGGGAUUUUGAGUUGUGCCACUAUAGCUGCUUGCUCUGAUGAGGCAGAACAUGGCUUGGAAUGCCCUAACUAUCCAUGGCCUCACAAAGGCAUACUCAGUUCAUAUGACCAUGCUUCGAUUCGCCGCGGUCACCAAGUCUAUCAAGAAGUCUGUGCAUCGUGCCAUUCAAUGUCCCUGAUAUCAUAUCGUGAUCUUGUGGGUGUUGCAUACACUGAAGAAGAGGUAAAGGCUAUGGCGGCUGAGGUUGAGGUUGUUGAUGGACCAAAUGAUGAGGGUGAAAUGUUCACACGCCCUGGAAAAUUGAGUGACCGUUUUCCUCAGCCAUAUGCCAAUGAACAGGCAGCCAGAUUUGCUAAUGGAGGGGCAUAUCCUCCAGAUCUAAGUCUCAUUACCAAGGCCCGUCAUAAUGGUCAGAACUAUGUAUUUGCUCUUCUAACUGGUUACCAUGAUCCUCCUGCUGGUGUCUCGAUUCGAGAUGGGCUGCACUAUAAUCCUUACUUCCCCGGAGGAGCUAUAGCUAUGCCCAAAAUGUUGAAUGAUGGUGCUGUUGAAUAUGAAGAUGGUACUCCAGCAACAGAAUCACAGAUGGGAAAAGAUGUGGUGACAUUUCUGUCAUGGGCUGCUGAACCAGAAAUGGAGGAGAGAAAACUGAUGGGAUUUAAGUGGAUAUUUGUACUGUCACUUGCACUUCUCCAAGCGGCUUACUAUCGAAGAUUGAAAUGGUCUGUUUUGAAGUCUCGAAGGCUGGUGCUUGAUGUUGUAAAUUAGUCUACUGUCUAUUAAAUGGUGUGAGGCAAAAUAACACUCAGUAAUGCUUGUGUUAGAUCUAGGUAUUUAUUUUUCAUAUGUGAGAAGAUGGUAACGCGUAGAUAUGCCAAAUUGAGAUGAAUCUCAAGAAUAAUUGCAUUAUUUUUUUAGGGAAAAAUAAGCUGUUUUAAAUGAUACGCAAUAUGCUAUCUGUUUAAAUAGUAUCAUACAAGUGCUUGUGCUGUUAAGUA